CUAUCUCUCUCUCUCUUCUUUUCUCCUCUUGCUUCUUUUUCUUUGCUGGAAAAAAAAAAAAAAGAAAAAGCAAAACUUGUUGAUUUCAUCUGCAAAUCGUUUUUUUUGUUCCAACUUUUGCUUGGAAAUGACUCAAGAAGAUUCAUCGCGUGGAUUAACAAGUGUAGGCAGAAACGACUUCACACAUCGGUUCGCUGAUAGAUACAAGGAAUGGUUAAGGACAACUGGUGAAGAAACAAAACAGGAGGAGGAUCGUGUGGAAACUAAUUCUGAACUUCCGGCUUAUGAAAUCUAUGGUUUCGAGAAUGAGAUCAAAUCAUUGCAACACUUCUUGUUGGAUCAAAAGGUUUACAAGGAGUUCAAGAGUCUUGUGAUUGUCGGAGAACACGGUGUUGGGAAGACAGCAUUAUGCCAGAAGAUCUUCAAUGAUUAUGAUGUGAAGAGUGUUUAUGCCCCAUGGAUUUGGGUUUCCAUGCUUAGCAAUGAAUCUAAGGAGGGACUUGAUGGGAAAAUAUGUGUGUUGAAGAAGAUCUUGAAGGCUCUCGGAGUUGAAGAUUCGAUGUUCGAAUCCAUCCGUAGAGAAGUAGUAGAAGAAGUUUCAAAUAGGCGGGCUGGAGAAAUUGAUGGAGAGACAGCGAAAGAGAAGGAGCUCUCUGCUCUGCUCUAUGCACUUCACUUGAAUCUGAGGUGGAAGAAGUACAUGAUUGUGUUUGAUGAUGUGCGAGAAGAGGAUAAUUGGAACGAGGUGCUUCAGGACGGUGAGGAGAAGCAAUGGGGAAAGUAUCUUUCAGAUGGAUUCCCUACAGGAUCUGGUGGGAGAGUCAUAUACACGACCAGAGAUGAGAAUCUAGCGAAGAAAUUAGUUGCAGAGAAACAUGAGAUUCAUUGUCUUUGGCCGCUGUCUGAUUCUUACAGUGUUUGGAAGAUAUACGAAGCAAUGAUCUUAAAGAGAGAGAAAGAGCCUCCAAGGAACGACAAGAAAUGUAUAGAUGAGCUGAUGAACAAGUCUCGUGGUCUUCCUCUGGCUGCUAGACUGCUGGCUAAACUUGAUCCUGUGUUGCUUGAAAAUGAAAAAGCUGACCAGAACGGUUCUAACUACUCAGUCAACAACCCCACUUCAGAAGAGAAUAAAACUACUCAACCUCUGUAGACUUUAGAAGAUUGCAGAGCCCUUUUUAUUGUGUCAUCAAUCCUUGUUUGUGUUUCUCUGGUUUAAUGUUGUCUGUUUGUAUUUCUGCUGUAUCAAUAAACCAGAAUCUCCAAGUAGAGUUUCUUCAAUGUUUCUCGAGUUAAGUGUCUGAAAGAUAAGAGAUAGUUCCUUGUGUUCUCUGCA